AACCAGGCCUGCCCCCGCUCAUGAUCAUGUUCUAUUCAUACGUCUUUAUCUUUUCCCCGGGAAGGAUUGAUACUGUAGGCACAUUAAAUUCAUAAUCUACACAAAAUUACGAUUCCAACGAUACCAAAUAUAGUUUCGCUUUAUUUAGCGCCACCUUAGUGGAAAUUAAAGAGUGGAGCGUGCAGUUUUGCCCUGAGGAACUGUCUAUCACGGACGCUGAGGACGGGACGGUGAACUGUGCGACACCGUUACCGUGGUAAUAUUUGUUACUCACAGACGCAUGUAUUUCAUCCACACAAAUCAGGUGUUAAGGCAUAGGCCUGUAAUAACUUCUGCACAAAAUAUAUAGUGACCUUUUUAGAACUAGAACUAUCAUAUUUUAUUUUAGUUUAAGCCCGCAAGUUUAACAAUGGAUUCGGAGUAUUUGAAAACGCGUCUGGGGAAAUGUCUGACCGAGGGCUUGGCUGAAGUUGCUGUGCAAAGACCCUUGGACCCCAUUGAGUAUCUGGCGCAAUGGAUUUACAAAUACAAAGAAAAUCUCGAUUACGAGGAGAAGAUGAGUGCCUACCUGGCAGAGCUGGAGAAGGAGCAGGCCAGAGCUAGGGACGAGGCCAUGCAUCAGAAACUACUUAAGGAGGAGGAGGACAAACUCCGAGAGGCGCAGGAGGGGCCCAAAGCAGAAGUGGAGGAGGAAGCAGACUCUACACCUCUAUCAACUCUGCAGGAGCGACCAAAGAAGUCCAACCCACCCAAACUGGAGGCAGUGAAGGAGGAUCAAGAAACUCCCCCACCCCCUGAAACAAGCACAGACACUGACACAGGAAGUGAUGCGGCACAGAUGCCCGGAGCAACAGCCAACCUCACCUCUCAAAUCGCAACAGAGCCAUCCGAGGAAAGUGGAAGCAGUGCUUUGGAUGCCGCAACUGGAGACAAGGUGGCUUCAGGGGAACCCACCCAAAACCUCACAGAACCGGAACCAGAGGCGUCAGAAACAAAAACACACACUGCUGGUCAGACUCCUAGUGAGAUGGCCCGGGAGGCCACUGACUUGGUCCAGGAAGAAAACCAUUCAGCGGCAAUCACGAUAACAGAAACACCUGAUGCACCGAACACUUCACAGUCAGAGGCCAAGAAUGAGACACAGAACAUCUCUCCUCAGCCAACUGAGUCUCAGCCACCAGAACAACAGGCAGAGAAGCUGAAAUUGGGUGACGCUGUUCCGGGUGGAGCUCUAGAUAGCAAUAAGGGGGAACAGAGGGGAGACACAGAGGCUGGCCCGGACGCCCAUGAGGCUGACCAGUGUCUCCCUGGAGACGGGCGGCUAUCUCAGUCGGAGAAGACAGAGACCGGAGAGCCACAGAAACAGACCGAGUCACUGGAGCGGUCACAACAGCAGUCUGAGGAGGAGUUGCCUCAACCUGAUUACAGCGACCUGAACCCAGCAGAGGAACUAGCAAAAGCAGGACCUGAGGCGUCUGAGGAACCAGAGAAAGAACCGUCUGAAGAGCCAGGGAAAUCAGAACCACCUGAAAGACCAGCGAGUCGUGCUCGAGAAGAGCCCAAGAGAGACCCACACAGCGAUCAGCACACAGAGGUCAAAGAGGACGAGCAGAAGGAAGAAGACAACAGCUAAAGUGAGCAUGUCGGGAUUACCCUUUUAAAAAGACAUUUUGGUUCAUCAUGCGCCCAACUAUCAAACCCCAUUAAACAUAUUAUUGGUUUGA